AUGAGAGAGCUUUGCUGCUCCGUUGUUUCGGCAGUAGUCAUCCGAUCACUCUUCGUCUUCUUAGUCUUCGAGUUUGGAGUUGUUGGGGCAACACUUGGAUUAAUCGCAGGGGCAGUGAUAGGAUGGAGAAAUAACAAGAUUAGGUUAAUAGAAGGUGUAAUCAUGGGAGCUUUAUCAGGGGCAGCUUUUUCGUAUAAGCUCAUUACAACUACCUUUGAUUACUUUCUGUCUGAUGACGCCAAAGAAAUUGAUUUCUUUGUUCAUUUAGUAAAGCUUAUAACAGGAGAUCUGGUCAAACUAAUUCUUAACGAUGAGCAUAAAAUCAUGCGAUUCAACAAGCAGGCACAAUUUAGCAAAGCUGCUGCUUAUUCAUUGGAAGAUUUCAAUUCUUCCGAUCCGGCCUGUUGUUGA